GAAACGCGGAUCGCCGUGAGCGCUCUGAGGUUAGAAGUCCGGCGGCGACAUGAGCUCGAGGCCGGUGUUCCUGAGCGCGGCUGAUGUAGAGGACCACCUCCGCAGCUGCAGCCUGCUCAUCCCGCCUCUGGAGACCGCUCUGGCCAACUUCUCCAGCGGCCCCGACGGAGGAGUCAUGCAGCCUGUGCGCACCGUGGUGCCAGUCGCCAAGCACAGGGGGUUCCUGGGGGUCAUGCCCGCCUACAGUGCAGCGGAGGACGCCCUGACCACCAAGCUGGUCACCUUCUAUGAGGGCCACAGCACCACCCCCACUGUCCCCUCCCAUCAGGCUACCGUGCUACUCUUCCAGCCGAGCAAUGGCUCCCUUCUGGCGGUCAUGGAUGGAAAUGUCAUAACUGCAAAGAGAACAGCUGCAGUGUCUGCCAUUGCCACCAAGUUUUUGAAACCACCCAACAGUGAAGUGUUGUGUAUCCUUGGAGCUGGGGUCCAGGCUUACAGCCAUUAUGAGGUCUUCACAGAACAGUUCUUCUUUAAGGAGGUGAGAAUAUGGAACCGCACCAAAGAAAACGCAGAGAAGUUUGUGAACACAGUGCCAGGAGAAGUGCGGAUCUGCUCAUCGGUCCAGGAGGCUGUGACAGGGGCAGAUGUGAUCAUCACAGUCACCAUGGCAACAGAGCCCAUUUUGUUUGGUGAAUGGGUGAAGCCUGGGGCUCACAUCAAUGCCAUCGGCGCCAGCAGACCUGACUGGAGAGAGCUGGAUGACGAGCUCAUGAAACAGGCUGUGCUGUAUGUGGAUUCCCAGGAGGCUGCCCUGAAAGAGUCUGGAGAUGUCCUCUUGUCAGGGGCCGAGAUCUUCGCUGAGCUGGGAGAAGUGGUGAAGGGAGUGAAACCAGCCCACUGUGAGAAAACUACCGUGUUCAAGUCUCUGGGAAUGGCGGUGGAAGACAUGGUUGCAGCCAAACUGGUAUAUGAUUCCUGGUCAUCCGGUAAAUAAAACAAAGGAACUUUGUGUCGAGUGGAUGCUACAGCUCAAAGGGUGUUAACACUAGUUGUCCCACAAUCUUUUCAUAAUCUCUAGAUUAAAAUAAGGGUUCUAGCCCAGUGAUCUGUAGUUUUAUGCAUACUGUGUCUUAUCUUAAAUAAUGAGAUCCUCUUUUGUGUUUGUAGUUAGAAAACAAAACUAAGUGGUCAUUCUGUGCCAUGCCAGAUUAUACUAGCGUUCCCUUUGCCCUGUAUUUCACUACCUUUUGUAAU